AUGUGGCUAUCAACACGAGUUGAAAAUGUAGAUACAGGAAUAGCAACUAAACAAGGCCCAAGUAUUCCAAUUGAAGGCAUGUUUAAUACUCUACUCCGUAUGGGAUUGCUAUUCGAACUGAUGUGCUAUCUUGGACUUACACUGAUAAGCUACAACUAUACAAACCACCUCAGUUUAAAUUACCAUUCAUUAGGAGAGAUAUUGGUACAAGGAAAUGCCCCGAAAUAUAUUUCGUUUUGUUUUUUCUUAGGUAUUGUUGGCUCUCUUUAUUUAAUGUCAUUUCAAUUGCUGCUCGCCGAUGAUACAUGUUUUGCAAGAGGAUAUGUAACUGGUUCAAAAAUAAUAAAAAUUGCCACGCUUUUGGACUUCAUUGGAAAAACUAUUGGUUUUGUGUUUAUGAUGCAGCUUGGAGGUGGUGAUGAUUUAGAGUCUGCAUUCAAUAUGGCAGUUGCCCAGGGAGGAGUUGAGAUUAAUUUCCUAACUUUCGGGCAAAUAUUGUGUGGUAUUGCCUUUGUAUCCUAUGGUCUUGGAUUUCUACUUUUAGAACUCUUCCAAGAUGAAGGUGUAGGUAAUUCAUAUGGUUAUAUAAAUUUCCUUGCGUUUUCUGCAUCAGGUAUUUCUUUAUUGUUACAUGCAACCACAUUCAAAUGCACCGGAGCAACAUUAUUUGCUUUAACAUCUUUUUCUGCCGCAUUAUUAUGGGCUCUUUUGUUCGAACCGUCAAUAAACGAGUUCUCUCCUGCAUUCGGUGAGACCGAGUUAACAAAUGAUGUCGAAACACAGGUUGAAAAGUUCACUCGUACAAAUCAAUACUAUAAUGUUGAUGAAAAUUACGGAAGCUACUCACAACAACAAUCCUCAGGCUACAUGAAUUAG